UCUGGAAGAGUGCUCAGUGUGCAAAUCCACACUGGUAAAACCACCCGGCUCUCCACCUCGCUGUUCUACUUUUGGGUCCUUACAUCGUAACUCUUAACAGCUGAAGUAAAGUUGUAAACUUCCUCUUCAUCACGGGAAACCUUUAGUGUUGUGUAGAGAAGCAGUCCGUCUGUUGAACUGAUAAUGAAGUUCAGGCGACAUAAAGCUGCUCGCUCGCCUUCAAACACGGAGAAGAUGACCUGCAGCAUCCUGCUGCUCAUCACCCUGACCUCCUGCGUCUGUGGUUCGUUUCCACCUGCAGCAGGAACAUUUGUAGUGAAUGUGACACAGAGCUCCUAUCAGGCAGAGGAGAACGAGAACAUCACACUGGAAUGGACGUUCACAACCAAACCUGACAGUUCAAACUCCCUUAAUAUCUUCUGUGACCUGAUUACUGAUCACAAGGCCUCAGUCCUGUAUCAUCUGCAUGAAGGUGUUGAGGUCCCAGAGUCUCAGGAUGGACAGUUUGCGGGACGAGUCCAGUGUGACAGAGACGUCCUCAGAGAAGGACGACUCAGACUUCAUGUGUCCAGACUCAGGACUGAGGACUCGGGCCUGUACCUGUGUGAAGUGAGCACAACUUAUGGUGGCAGCUCUGAUGAAUGCAGACUCAAUGUCACUGCAGCGAGGGAUCGGCCCGAACCUGAGAGACCAAACACAGAAAGUCGGGGAAUGAUCGGCCUCUACUGUGCACUGGGACUGACAGCAGCAGCAGCAGCGCUGGGUGUUUGUUACUGUUUAUUCAGUCACUUUCAGCCUGGUGAACAAAGUCCACCCAGUCAGUCUCAGCCUGGUGAACAAAGUCCACCCAGCCAGUCUCAGCCUGGUGAACAAAGUCCACCCAGCCAGUCUCAGCCUGGUGAACAAAGUCCACCCAGCCAGUCUCAGCCUGGUGAACAAAGUCCACCCAGUCAGUCUCAGCCUGGUGAACAAACUCCACUCAUUCACUCUCAGCCUGGUGAAGAAAGUCCACUCAGUCAGCCAGUCUCCAGUGAUGGAUCUGAGCAAAGUUACAGAUCAGCAGAUGGAUCAGAGGAAACAGUUUGAUCAACAAUGCAAACGAGACAAGACUGUUAGAAUUCAACUUUAUACCACGGACACAGAAAAUACCAGUUUCCCAUUGGCUGGCAGGUAAUAAAACUGUCCAUCAGAGCACAUCAAAUAUACCAGCAGGUAACCAUAGCAACAACUUUGAUGCUUCACACACAUCACAUGAGUGAAAUGACAACAAUGUGUAAAAGCUGCUAAUGAUGAAAACACACGCUGCCUUUAUAUUCUUCAGUAAGUGGCCGUGGUAUAAGAGUCAUAGUACACAGCUGAUAUACAAAAUAAUGGACCUGAUGGAGGAAACGCUGUUCUUCACCUUUACACUGUCCAGUGUUUUGAUUGGACGCCUCAUCACACACUGUCACUUAUCAGACAGACCUGAAAUCUGCACAAUAUCUUCCUUGUAUAAUAUGUAAAUAUGCUAAUCUGGAAUAAUAUUUAUUUUUUUAACGUUUUUUUUAUUUAAAGCUGUAUGUGAUAUUUAAUGUUUCUUCCGCAUUAAUGACUAGAAUAUGGAAAGACACAGCCAAGAGAUGUAUUUGUGUAUUUUUCAUGCAUGUUGACUCCAGUGCUUUCAACACCAUCCGGCCUGCCCUGCUGGGUGAGAAGCUGGCAGCGAUGCAGGUGGAUGCCCCCCUUGUGUCCUGGAUUGUGGACUACCUGACUGGCAGACCACAGCACGUGCGCCUGCAGCACUGUGUGUCGGACAGCGUGGUCAGCAACACUGGGGCCCCUCAGGGGACUGUCCUCUCUCCCUUCCUCUUCACCAUCUACACCACGGACUUCAGCCACCACACAGAGUCCUGCCACCUUCAGAAGUUUUCUGAUGACUCUGCUGUGGUGGGAAGUAUCAGCGGUGGUGAUGAGACGGAGUACAGGGCUGUGGUGGGGAACUUUGUCGCAUGGUGUGAGCAGAACCAUCUGCAGCUCAAUGCGACAAAGUCUAAGGAGCUGGUUGUAGACCUACGAAGGGCCAAGGCACCAGUGACCCCGGUUUCCAUCCAGGGGGUCAGUGUGGACAUUGUAGAGGACUACAAGUAUCUGGCAGUACACUUAGACAAUAAACUGGGUCGUCAGGACGUCAAAGCGGCUGGGCCUGGAGCCGGCGACUGGGCCUUGGGACAGGGAGCCGGCGGCUCGAUGGUUGGAUCAUUCUGUCGUAAGGGGUGCUGUAUGGAGGUAUGUGGACCCGAAAGCAGAUGACGAGGAAGCGGUCUCAGGGUGAAGUAGCCGGAUAACUACCGUGUUUAUUGUGGGGUGGAAUGCAGGCAAGAACAGGCAGAGGUGAGCAGGCAGGUAAUGAGCAGACAAAUUCCAAAAUCCAAAACAAGGUCCACCGGAGAACAAAGAAUCCAAGAUAAACUCACAAUCAAGGGCUCGGCCAGGACCAACACCAUGUGUACAACAAUGAUCCAACACAGAACAAAGAAAAGACCAAGACUAAAUACCCAAGGGGAGGUGAGACAAUGAGACACAGGUGCAAACAAUCAAGGGAGGGCCAACAAUCAAAACUGGAGGGAAAACACAGACAGGAAGUAAAAACACAAGACACACAAGGGAAGAAGAAUACUACCAAAAUAAAACAGGAAGUGAUAACACCUAAACUACCACAGUGCCAUCUUGGACAGUGUCUCCCACCCGCUCCAUGACGUGCUGGUGAAGCAAAGGAGCGCCUUCAGCGGAAGACUCAUCCCCACAAUGCACCACAGAGCGCCACAGGAAGUCAUUCCUGCCUGUGGCCAUCAAACUAUUUAACUCCUCCUCUAAGGGUCAGUCUGUAUGACCCUAGGUCACUAAACUGGACAUUGAUCAUUACAUCUCCGCCAUAAUUGAAUAAUUGUGCAAUAUUCUGUGUACUACUCCCGUGCAAUACUAGUUUUACCAUGUGAGUUUUUCUUAUUUAUUUCUGCUUAUUACUUAUUACUUAUUUUGUUACAUUGUAUUAUUAUACUGUACUAUCACCAUCAACCGGUAAACCCCCUUUGUACUUGACACUUAGUUUAUCUUAUACUUAUACCGACCUGAUACUUAACUUAUUUUCUGACCUGUUUUAUAGUGUUUAUAGUGUAUCAUAUUGUUUGUAGUACUUUCUCCUGUGUGCACUGACGUAAAGGCAAGCUACUGUAACAAAUAGUUUAUUUAUUUUUAUUCCUAAAAGAUUCAUUAGAAAAUUAAUAAUUUACUUUUUUAACUUCAGUAAAUAAAAAUCUUAAACACUUCAAAUUCAAAUAAGGCUCAUAAGAUGAAGUGAAUAAAACUGGAUAGAUUAACAUGUGAUCCAGUGAUGAUAAAACACAGUAUAAAAGUCUAUAUUUACAGAUAUAUAUGUAUACAUAUGUAGAUAUUUACAGACAUGCUGAUGAUGUUUUUAUUUUUAAAGCUACACAAUAGUUUAGCAGCUGACUGUAACAUACAACCAGCGGUGGAAAGUAACUCAGUGCAUUUCUUCAAGUUCUGUACUUCAGUCCAAUUUCAUUUUAUGCUACUUUAUACUUCUACUCCCUUGGUGAAAUUCACGCUCAGUAUGUAUAGUAAAAAAUAAGCUCCACCUUUACCAGCUGUACCAUUAAAGUGAUGAACACAUCAAUGCAUCAAUAAUUAUAAUUCAAUAACAUAACACACAUUAUUCUGAAAUGGGCCAUUCUGGAUAAUGAGUACUUUUACUUUUUGUACUUUAAGUGUAUUUUGUUGCUAAUACUUUGUACUUUUACUUGUAUUUCUGCACUGUGGUGUUACGUUUUUUACUUAAGUAAAAGUCCUUCUUCCACCAUCCAGCAAGCCCUGAAUGUACAUUAAAUGAUCUGUACAAUAACGA